CAUAACAUGAUACAUCCCCUGGUGCUAGCUAUAUAGAGACGCAGGAGAACAAGAACGAUACAAUGAAUAUCGCAAUCAAAUUAUCCCGAACACCCGCACCCAAUUCUCUCUUAUCUUCAUCUUCUUCAUCAUCGCAACACUUUGGCCGAAGCCUGACGGCUCCAGGAGGGAUUAAGUUCCAACACUCGCAAGCAAAGCCUGAUAAGAUGGAUCAAGCUGAUCAGCCCAAAACAAAAUCCGAGCAUGGAGAUGCGGUGAUGAAGGAGUCGUUUGGAGAUGCAUACUCUACUAGGUCAAAUGAUGAAGGUUUUGGUGGUAUAUACGGCGGGAAUGAAGAAGAAGGUGGGCACAAAGUGCAUGGCGUCUCUGCUGAAGAAAAAGAGUACGAGAAGACGCAGGGAAGUCACGUGGAGGAGAAGGAGAAAGCCCGGAAUAAGAAAUGAAUCGCAGUUGAAUAGAUAGUCUGUAGUCUGAACUCUGUAGACAAGACAACUUUCGUCUUUUGCUUGUACGGUGUAUUAUUGUUUUCGUAGAAGUAUUUGUUCUGGUUCGUUUAUUUGCUUCAAGCCGCCGUUUCUCUUAUAACGAUUUAAUAAUCUUACAUUUUGACCGGCUGACAUUUUGAUUUUAAA